CAGCAUAUAAACGCAUGCACACCCAGUGCAGCGCGUGUUACCUCUUGUUCUAGUUCGUUUUCUCUUCAACCCUUUUCACGCUUUUCGUCUCAUACACAGUGUAGUCAUACACAGGACGCCAGCAUGGGGGAUUAUCACAAACCAGGCAAACAAACACUGCAAGAGCUGAGAAACAUCGCGAACCGACUCCGGAUCAAUUCCAUAAAGGCGACCACUGCGGCCGGGAGCGGACACCCAACAUCAUGUUGCAGUGCAGCCGAGAUCAUGUCUGUGCUCUUCUUUCACACAAUGAAAUACAAACCUAGUGACCCGCGCAAUCCCAACUACGACCGCUUUGUUCUGUCCAAGGGUCAUGCUGCUCCAGUGCUCUAUGCUGCUUGGGCAGAAGCAGGGUACCUCAAAGAGAGCGAGUUGCUUAACCUCCGAAAGAUUGACUCCAUCCUGGAGGGCCAUCCAGUUCCAAAACAGCAGUUUGUGGAUGUCGCCACUGGCUCUCUUGGGCAAGGACUUGGUGCUGCUUGUGGGAUGGCCUACACUGGAAAAUACUUUGACAAAGCGAGUUACCGUGUGUUCUGCCUGCUGGGAGAUGGAGAACUUUCUGAAGGCUCAGUGUGGGAGGCUAUGUCCUUUGCUUCCUUCUAUGAGUUGAACAACUUGGUGGCCAUCCUGGACAUCAACCGUCUUGGCCAGAGUGACCCAGCACCCCUGCAGCACCAGGUGGAGAAGUACAAGAAACGCUGCGAGGCCUUUGGAUGGCAUGCUGUCAUUGUGGAUGGCCACAGUGUGGAGGAGCUGUGUAAGGCUCUAUGUCAACCACAUGACCAGCCCAUUGCCAUUGUUGCACAAACCUAUAAGGGCAAAGGCAUUUCAGCCACAGAGGAUAAGAUGGGUUGGCAUGGUAAACCCCUGCCUAAGGACAUGGCAGAGAGUGUAAUAAAAGAUCUACAAAGUCAGAUUACAAAGAGCAGCAAGCUGUCUCCUCUUACACCAAUCGAAGAUGCACCUAACGUCAGCCUGAAAAACAUCCACAUGCCCAGCGAACCCAGCUACAAACUCGGAGAAAAGAUCGCUACGAGAAAGGCCUACGGUCUGGCUCUUUCAAAACUUGGCCGUUCCAAUGAACGUGUAGUUGUCAUGGACGCAGACACAAAGAAUUCCACCUUUUCUGGGAUUUUCAAAAAUGAAUUUCCAAACCGCUAUGUGGAGUGCUACAUCGCUGAGCAGAAUAUGGUGAGUGUAGCAGUGGGCUGUGCUGCUCGGGACCGCAAUGUUGUUUUUGCCUCCACAUUCGCCACGUUCUUCACCCGAGCCUAUGACCAGCUGCGCAUGGCCGCCAUCUCGGAGAGCAACAUCAACCUCUGUGGCUCACACUGUGGCGUUUCCAUUGGAGAGGAUGGAGCCUCUCAGAUGGCACUGGAAGACUUGGCGAUGUUCAGGGCUAUUCCCACUGCCACUGUGUUCUACCCGAGUGAUGCUGUGUCCACUGAGAAGGCAGUGGAGCUGGCUGCUAACACAAAGGGGAUUUGCUUCAUCCGGACCAGUCGCCCCGAAAACCCUGUAAUCUACAACAGCAAUGAAAAGUUCUGUGUAGGCCAAGCGAAGGUUGUACACAAGACCAAGAAUGAUGAUGUCACUGUGAUUGGAGCAGCUGUAACCCUGCAUGAGGCUCUUGAUGCAGCUGAACAGUUGAAGAAAGAGGGUAUUAACAUCCGAGUGAUUGACUUAUUCACUAUUAAACCCUUGGAUGCAAAGACAAUUAUUGAAAAUGCCCGGGCAACAAAGGGUCGCAUCAUCACUGUAGAGGACCACUACUAUGAAGGUGGUCUGGGAGAGGCUGUGUGUUCAGCAGUGGUGAACGAAUAUGACUUCACCGUGCAGCGCCUCGCCGUGUCUCACGUGCCACGCAGCGGGAAACCCAGAGAGCUACUCAAACUGUUCAAUAUCGACUGUGACGCCAUCGUUCAGGCUGUGAAAAAGAUCAUCAACGAUACCGCUAGCAAAAAGUAACCAAGAGAAGUCAUGGUUAUGCAAACAAAUUGGUGAGAGGAGAGAAAGAAAAAGAUGUUUAGCAGCUGAAAUUGUAUUAGCAUUAUAACUUGUUUUUUUUUUUUUUCAUUUUUUAAAUGUGACAUAAAGCUUACCAAAGAUCACAUUAAAUUUUUUUAUUUAGUUGGAUUCAAUCUGAUGCUUUUGUAACUAACCAUAAAUAAGAAUUCUGCACUUUUAGGGAUUUGGUUGACAUUUCAAACAGCUGGCCACAAUUACUUUUCACUGUUUCAAAUAAAACUUUUAAAUAACCCCUAAAGGUGUAUAUCCAACUCCAUAUUGGACUCCAUAGGCAUUGUGGUUGACGAUGCAAUGUGCAAGUCUGCAAUAAAAGAGAAUAUACACGAAAGUGCAGGUAGCCAGUCAGUCAAAAAGAGUGUAACACUAUUCAGCAGCGCAUUUGUGUACGAGAUUUUACAAUUGUUUACUGUCAGUGGGCAGUUUCUAAGUUCUAAGUCUGAAUUUACUUUUUUGGCUGAAUUUAUAAGACAUCAGCAUUCAUGAAGCAAUCAACACAUGUCGAGAAGCAUGCAACAUGAACUUAGACAUUUUUCCAAAAGCUAUUGGAAGCUAAAGUUAAGUAGUUAAAAAGAAAAAAAAAAAUCAUUUCAUUUGGUAAACUGUUACUUUUGAACUGUAUUGAUAAAGAUGCUUCUUUGAUGCAUAAAUAAAAUCCACUGGUUUGCA